AUGCCCAACACGCCUUCAAGACUUGGAAUAGGUACAAGGAAGCUUUCCUUUACAGAUUUGCAAGAGCAAGCACUUGGAUCGAUCUACAACCGCCUACAAGCCCUUGAAGGAUCAUCCAUCCAAGUACAAGAGAGAGAGGAGUCCAACACCCAACCUCCCUCCCUUUCCUUGCAAUGCCAUCAUAGAAGAGCAAAUCGCCAAGUCCAUGAGGACAAUGAAGAAGAAGAAAGAGAGUAUGAGGAACAACUUGAUGAUGAAGAUGAAGAGCAGAGCAUCGACAUCAAUGCUUCUCCAAAACAGAGCAAGGAUACACCUAGCUCAACUGACCCUCGUUUCUCACCACCACCACGAAGUCAAGCUUCAGAGCUUCCAAGAUUGGAAGUGAUACAAAGACCACCACCACCUACUGAAGAAGAAGAUACUUGGUGCUAUGAUCCCAUUGAUCCCAACAAGAUAAGCCCCAUGAAGCUUAAGGAGUUCAAUGCUAAGUCAAUCAACCACCAUCAACCACCACCCAUGAAUGGUAUGUCAAUUCCAUAUCAAGAGAGAAGCUUGCUGAGUUCAAUCAGUUUGUCCAAACUCUUCCAGCCAGCAUGUCAUUCCAACAAGCUUGGCGACUACCCAUUCACCACCUUCUUCCACAACUGCAGAGAGACACCACAGGACAUCAAAGAGCUUUUUGAGAAAGCUAAAGUUCAGCCUACCUUCAAGACCCUCUACAAGAUUGAAGACCCAGGUCAAUUCUCUAUACCCUGUCAAGUAAAUGGUCAUUACUUUGAUAGAACACUUUGCGAUUCUGGAUCUUGCAUCAACCUCAUGCCAACCCAAACCGCCAAACUCCUUGGCAUCACACGCUUACAACCUGCUCAGAUUAGUAUUGGACUUGCUAACCACUAUAGCCAAGCCAAGAGGAGUUGUUAG